CGCUGCACCAACAAGCAAUUAAUUAUAUAUUUGAAUAAUCCACGGCGUUUUCGUACAAAUGAGGACAUUUUUUUAUUGGGAAUUUUGUUUGUUUGCUCAAAAGAUUUUUUAAACUGGAUUUGGACAAUGGAAGAGCGAGCCAAGAGAAACGGCUGAGGAUUUUGAGUGCGUGCGGGUUUUGGCACUUGAGGACGACAGGCAUGACUUUGCAGCAUCCACAGCAUUGAACCCCCGCAAAAGAGACUAAAAAUAAUCUUGCUUUUUCUUCUCAACCGAGGCCCUCCUUUUUUUGGAUUAAAUCUUUCAAGCAGAGAAAAUGGCUCACCUGAUCCGCCACAAGCUCACCAACAAGCUGACCAAUGCGGCCCACACGGUCUCCAACAAGUCCCAGGCCAAGGUCAGCGGUGUGUUCGCCCGCCUGGGCUUCCAGGCCGCUACGGAUGAAGAGGGCGUGGGAUUUGCCGAAUGCGACGACCUGGACUACGACUACAGGCAGGGCAUGCAAAUGGAUGUCUUACAGGGCGACGACGAGGGCGGAGAGUGCGGCCUGGAGGAUGGGGACAGUCACUACCAGAGGGAUGGCACUGGCCCCAAGCCCCAGGGCCUCAAAACUGGGGGAUCCCUGGAUGAGGACAAGCCCAAAAUCACAUCUUGGGAGGCUGGCUGGAACGUCACCAAUGCCAUUCAGGGCAUGUUCGUCCUCGGCCUCCCCUAUGCCAUCCUGCACGGCGGCUACCUGGGCCUCUUCCUCAUCAUCUUCGCCGCGGUGGUGUGCUGCUAUACGGGCAAGAUCCUCAUCGCGUGUCUUUACGAGGAGAACGAGGACGGCAUAAAGGUUCGCGUACGCGAUUCUUACGUCGAUGUGGCCAACGCGUGCUGCGCACCCCGGUUCCCCGCGCUGGGCGGUCACGUGGUCAACGUGGCCCAGAUCAUCGAGUUGGUGAUGACUUGCAUCCUGUACGUGGUGGUGAGCGGCAACCUAAUGUACAACAGCUUCCCGGGCUUUCCCAUCUCGCAGAAGGCGUGGUCAGUAGUGGCCACCGCUGCCUUGCUGCCCUGCGCCUUCCUCAAGAACCUGAAGGCGGUGUCCAAGUUCAGCCUUCUGUGCACUCUUGCCCACUUCGUCAUCAACGUCCUAGUCAUCGCCUACUGCCUUUCUCGGGCUCGGGACUGGGCGUGGGAGAAGGUCAAGUUCUACAUCGACGUCAAGAAGUUCCCCAUCUCCAUCGGCAUCAUCGUGUUCAGCUACACCUCGCAGAUCUUCCUCCCCUCCCUGGAGGGCAACAUGCAGAAGCCCAGCGAGUUCCACUGCAUGAUGGACUGGACCCACAUUUCCGCUUGCAUCCUCAAAGGCCUCUUUGCACUGGUGGCCUACCUAACCUGGGCGGAUGCCACCAAGGAGGUUAUCACAGAUAACCUGCCAGGCACCAUCCGUGCAGUGGUUAACCUUUUCCUGGUGGCCAAGGCACUGCUGUCCUACCCGCUGCCUUUCUUUGCCGCCGUGGAGGUCCUGGAGAAGUCGCUUUUCCAAGACGGUGGGGGGGCCUUAUUUCCCGACUGCUACGGGCCGAACGGCCAGUUAAAAUCGUGGGGUCUGGGCCUCCGGGUGGCUCUGGUGGUCUUCACUUUGCUCAUGGCCGUCUUCGUCCCCCAUUUCGCCCUCCUCAUGGGUCUGACCGGGAGCCUGACAGGCGCUGGUCUCUGCUUCCUGCUGCCCAGCCUCUUCCACUUGAAGCUCCAGUGGAGGAAUCUCCUGUGGCACCACGUCUUCUUUGACGUCGCUAUUUUUGUCAUUGGGGGUAUUUGCGCCAUAUCUGGCUUCAUCCACUCUAUCGAAGGUCUCAUAGAGGCGUUCAAGUACAAUAUCCAUGACUGAGAGCUAGCGGUGACGACCUUUAACCCUCCCCCCCGACCCGCUCUGCUCCCCACUUUGUGGGCCACUACGACAAAGAAGCCCGUGAGGAGAAUUGUGUGUGUGAAAUCUUUUUCAUUUUGCCUUUGUGAAAACGUGCAAUAACAAACUGUACAAUCAUGAUGUUAAAUAGCUUCUAUGGUAAAUGGAUGCAGGACGUGCUCCUGAAUGAGGGUGUCCAAAGUUGCCAAGCAGUGAACCAUGGUCCAAAUUAUAAGUGUGUGCAUGGUAAGAUUUGGACUUGGAUUUAAAAAAAAAAAAAAAAAGGGAAAAACAAUGGAGGUUAUCUACGAAUACAGGGAAUCCUCACUUUACGACAACGUAACCCAUAUUUGUAUGGAAAAUAGAAUGCAGCGCAGUCUAUUGCUAGCAGAGUCAUAACUACAUUAAACAUCUGUAUGAAAAACCUUCUCGACCAUAGACAUAAAAGAGAGACCUCCAA